AUGAGGAUGCUUCUGCAUUUAAGUUUGCUAGCUCUUGGAGCUGCCCACGUGUGUGCCAACCCCACAGCACGUCCCACAAGUGCAUUGGUGAAAGAGACUUUGGCACUGCUUUCUAUCCAUCGACCUCUGCUGAUGGUCAAUGAGACCCUGAGGAUUCCUGUUCCUUCACAUAAAAAUCACCAACUGUGCACUGAAGAAAUCUUUCAGGGAAUAGGCACACUGGAGAACCAAGCUGUGCAAGGGAGUGAUGUGGAAAAACUAUUCCAAAACUUGUCUUUAAUAAAGGAACACAUUGACCGCCAAAAAAAAAAGUGUGGACAAGAAAGACGAAGAGUAAAGCAAUUCCUAGACUACCUGCAAGAGUUUCUUGGUGUAAUCAACACAGAGUGGAUAAUCGAAAGUUGA